CAAUCUGCUUUCCGCUUUUUUUCUCUACGUUCAGAGCUGCGCUCCCGCUGCAAUCGCCUCCUUCUUGCUCCCAGCGAAACGCCAGGCGGGAGGCACAGCUGGCUGGCUGCGCGCAGGCGCACUGUGCAGCAGGGGGCGCGGGUAGGUGGGUGUCCGCGCAGGCGCGCGCUGCUCGGGCUUCGCUCCGGCGGUGGCGGCCAGGUUUCGGCUGCUCGCUCAGUCAGGGUUGGGGCCCCGCGGCGGCAGCACCAUGUUCCUUCACACAGUCAACCUCUGGAACCUGGCCUUUUAUUCCUUUAUGGUCUUCAUGGCGACCCUGGGGCUGUGGGACGUCUUCUUCGGCUUCGAGGAAAACAAGUGCAGUAUGAGCUACAUGUUUGAGUACCCGGAGUAUCAGAAAAUAGAACUUCCAAAGAAACUGGCAAAACGGUAUCCUGCGUAUGAAUUAUAUCUUUAUGGAGAAGGGUCCUAUGCUGAAGAACACAAAAUCCUCCCUUUAACUGGUAUUCCAGUUCUCUUUCUCCCUGGUAAUGCUGGAAGUUACAAGCAAGUGCGCUCUAUUGGCUCUAUUGCACUCAGAAAAGCAGAAGACAUUGACUUCAAAUACCAUUUUGACUUCUUUAGUGUGAAUUUCAAUGAGGAACUAGUGGCGCUGUAUGGUGGAACUCUUCAGAGGCAGACCAAGUUUGUACAUGAGUGCAUUAAAACAAUUCUCAAACUCUAUAAGGGUCAAGAGUUUGCUCCAAAAAGUGUGGCUAUAAUUGGUCAUUCUAUGGGUGGCCUUGUUGCAAGGGCAUUGCUUACACUGAAAAAUUUUAAGCAAGAUGUGAUAAACCUUCUUAUUACACAAGCCACCCCGCAUGUUGCUCCUGUGAUGCCAUUAGAUCGUUUCAUUACUGAUUUUUAUAUGACUGUAAACAACUAUUGGAUUCUAAAUGCUAGACAGAUAAAUUUAACCACACUUUCUGUUGCUGGAGGAUUCCGGGAUUACCAAGUUCGCUCAGGACUGACUUUUCUGCCAAAAUUAAGCCACCAUACCAGUGCCUUAUCUGUUGUGACUUCAGCAGUGCCUAAGACCUGGGUCUCAACAGACCACCUCUCCAUUGUGUGGUGUAAACAAUUGCAGUUGGCUACAGUUCGAGCAUUCUUUGAUCUAAUUGAUGCAGACACUAAACAAAUAACUGAAAAUCCCAAGAAGAAAUUGUCGGUUUUGAAUCACCACUUCAUAAGACACCCAGCAAAACACUUUGAGGAAAAUCCAGCAAUAAUUUCUGACUUAACAGGGACAUCUAUGUGGGUUCCAGUAAAAGUGUCAAAAUGGACCUAUGUGGCUUACAAUCUGCCAUUGAGUCGGAAUUCCCUAUACACUGAAGAUACAAAUAGUUGGAUUUUUGGCUGCAUAAACAGCACUUCUAUGUGCCGGCAAGGGGUUGACUUGUCAUGGAAAGCUGAACUGCUGCCAACAAUUAAGUCUCUGACGUUAAGACUUCAAGACUAUCCAUCUUUGUCACAUCUUGUUGUUUACGUACCAUCUAUUCAUGGAAGUAAGUUUGUUGUAGAUUGUGAAUUCUUUAAAAAAGAGACAAGAUCCAUACAGCUCCCUGUAACUCAUCUCUUUUCCUUUGGAUUGACUUCAAGGAAAGUGAUAUUAAAUACAAGCGGCCUAUUCUAUAAUAUAGAGCUUCUGAACUUUGGACAGAUAUACCAAGCUUUUAAAAUCAACGUAGUAAGCAAGUGCUCAGGAGUCAAAGAAGAAAUAACUAGUAUCUAUAAGCUUCAUAUUCCCUGGUCUUAUGAAGAUUCACUAACCAUUGCACAGGUUCCAUCUUCUACCGAAAUUUCUCUGAAACUUCAUGUUGCUCAACCAGAAAAUGACAGCCAUGUAGCAUUAUUAAAAAUGUACACAUCAUCAGACUGUCAAUAUGAGGUGACAGUUAAGACUUCCUUUUCACAAAUACUUGGACAGGUUGUUCGAUUUCAUGGCGGAGCUCUUCCUGCUUAUGUGAUAUCUAGUAUUCUUCUUGCUUAUGGAGGACAGUUAUACUCUCUGUUCUCAACAGGUCAUUGCUUAGAAUAUGCUACUAUGUUGGAUAAAGAAGCCAAACCAUACAAAGUUGAUCCUUUUGUAAUUAUGAUUAAGUUUCUUUUGGGGUAUAAAUGGUUUAAAGAAUUAUGGGAUGUGUUACUAUUACCAGAAUUAGAUGCCAUCGUUUUAACUAGUCAGAGUAUGUGUUUCCCCCUCGUGUCCUUGAUUCUCUUUCUGUUUGGAACAUGUACUGCCUACUGGGGCGGCCUGCUUUCUUCUACGUCUGUGAGACUCCUUUCUUCAUUGUGGCUAGUUUUGAAAAGGCCCUCUGAACUCCCUAAAAACAUCAAGAUGAUAUCACCAGACUUACCCUUUUUGACAGUUGUUUUGGUCAUAGUCAGUUGGGCAACUUGUGGCGCAUUUGCCAUAUUUCUUACUUACCUUUACUAUGUGUUUAAGAUUGUUCAUCUGCAAGCCAGCCUAACAACUUUUAAAAAUAGCCAAACUGUGAAUCCCAAACACUCCAGAAGAAGUGAAAAAAAAUCCAAUCACCAUAAAGAGUCUACAGUACACCAUCUUCGUUUAUCUGCCAGUGAUGCUGAAGAUAGUCUUCGCAUGCACAGCACAGUGAUUAACUUAUUAACGUGGAUUGUAUUACUCAGCAUGCCGUCUUUAAUUUAUUGGUUAAAGAAUCUUAGGUAUUACUUUAAACUUAAUCCUGAUCCAUGUAAACCUUUGGCAUUUAUCCUUAUUCCAACUAUGGCAAUUCUUGGAAAUACUUACACUGUUUCAAUAAAAUCAAGUAAGUUGUUGAAGACUACUUCACAAUUUCCACUUCCUCUGGCCGUUGGUGUGAUUGCUUUUGGGUCCACACACUUAUACAGGGUUCCAUGCUUUGUCUUCAUUCCUCUGUUAUUCCAUGCGUUAUGCAACUUUAUGUAAGAUUGGAUUUAAGGAAUGAUAAAAAGAAUUUAUGCCUUUAGGGUCAGUACUAAGAGGGAAUGCACAGAUCCAGCAAGAUCCUUUGGAGAAGACAAGUCUAUUUUUACAAUGUUGAAAAUAGGAAAUUAGUUUUAUAAUGCUUGAAGAAAGUAGUUGAAGCAUGGUUUUGUUUCGUGGUGUGACAUCUGUGUACUAGUCAUUUUUGGAAAAUGAGUAAAACGAAAUGGUGGAUACUGUGUCUGAGGACACUAGCAUAUCAGCUAGGCUGCUUGAUUGGCCAUACUCGGGGUCUUCUAAACACUCAGUAAAUGUAAAGCAUUUUUGGUAAUCUCACCUCAAGCAUUCUGCUCAUUUUAUCACACUUUCUUCUAAAAAGUGGUUUACUUCAUAUUUGUUACAGUACAUAUUUUGAGAAAUAAGUCUUAAAAGAUUGAUGAGCUUCACAACUGUUUGUUUUCUCAAAAAUGAAGUAGCCACGAAGAGUCUUUGGUCAGUUUUUGGCAGCCACAGUGAACAAAGUAGAUCUUUUGUUUUCUUACAUCUAUGAAAAUAUACCGUUUAAUUCUAAGGAGACAUGUUUUCUUGGUAACCAAUGCAAGACUGAUGAAUGGAAACAUAAUUCAAACUCAAAACUUAAUGAAAUUUUCUUGUUACUUUUCAAAUACAAAUCUUAGUUUGUAUUGGUGAAUAUUAGGAGAGUAGUAAAGAGAUAUAUUAUUAAAUUUAAAGAAGUUUAACAUAGGUAUUUACUGGGAUUGGAGCAGUUCAGUUGUUCAGUCUGUACUUUUUUAUUUACCAGUUUAACCUUUGAUUCCAUGGUUGCCAAAAGUGCCUCAGGUCAUGUUGGAUUGUUAAAAUAACUAAAUUCCAGUGGUCAGAAAAAACUCUAGGUUUUCACAAUUGACAACUGUAGAAAAAAAUUAGCAUGAUCAAGUGCAGUACUACAUUUGAUGUAUAAAAUUAUAAUAGUAAUGGAAUAACAGUAGACAAACUCUUACCCCACUAAUAGCAUAAGUAUAAACAGUAUACCUGAAUAAAUUAGAGGCUUUAAUCACUGGUUUUAAAGUGGAAUCUUAAUUUGCUAAGGUGAUUAUUGUUUGGCAGAUAAAAGAAUAAUAUUUCUAUUUCAUUUCAGAUUUCAGCUCACUUUUAGCUACAGAAGAGUAGGAAGUAGGUAGUGGAGCUAGGUAUCUGUCUUAAGAAAGAAUAAACUCAGGCUGAGCUUUACGUAGCUGAUAGAGCCCUUCCUUUAGAUGUGUGCUGUAAAUACCUAAAACCUCUCAAUUCCUUAAGUCCUAAUAAUUCCACAGUUGCACCCAUGAACUUGUGUCCUUAUCACCUGGGGAUGUCCUAGAGUACCAGGUUCAUUUUAUCUGCCAUUGCAUCUGGAUUCCAUUACAACCUCUCAGCUGUUACUGCCUAUAGAGGGUUACCCCAUGUUACUGCCUCUGCAGGGUUACCCCACUUCUCAAUUGUUUCUCAGGUCCUUGCUCUUUUAGCAUCAGUUGAAGAGGGUCUUGCUGUCUUCUCUGAGGAUUGUAAGUUUGAUCCCAUUAUUGUCUUUCCAAACUUAAUGCCUGUUGUUCAGAAUUCAUAUUUUCACUUACUGAGACCAUUAAAAGGAAGUGAUACCUUCGUAGUAGACAAGGCAGGUAUGCCUGCCAUGCUCUUGUUUGAGAAAAGUGGCAAAAGGGAUAAAGUACAAAAUGCUUGUGUUCAGUACCUGAAAGGAAAUAGAAUUUAUUAGAGUAUACAUUUGUCCCAUAGCAUACCACAUAUAUAUUUAAAUUAGGACACAUUUGCCUCUGUUUAGCUAUAUAUAUAUUCUUUUUUUUUUUUUUUAAGCUGAGCUGAGCCUGUUGGCAGCUUAGCUCGGGCUGGG